GAUAAGAGCAGGGAUCAGCUCUAUAAACAGGACCCUAUCCUUUCCUGUAUUCAGGCCCCAACUAGAUCAGGCCACAUCAACCCAGGAUCAGCAUGGCCGUCCGCCUAUGGGUGGUCACUCUGGCCUUGGCUGCCCUCCUCAUUGUGGAGAGAGAAGUGUCAGUAUCAGGAAAGUUUGUUUUCUCCAGAAUGCCCGCCUGUGAGCAUAUGACAGAAUCUCCGAAUUGUCCUAAGACAUACAGCCUGGUCUGUGGCACUGACGGGGUCACCUAUGAUAGUGAAUGCCACCUCUGCUUGGCCCGCAUGAAAACCAAACAGGACAUCCAGAUCAUAAAGGAUGGCAAGUGCUGAGCCUACAGACCUGUAAGCCAGAAGCUUCAGGAUGGAGAGCAAUGGUAGAAGCAGAGAUGUGAUAUGAAAUAAAAGAGCUAGCCCAAUGCAGCCAAGUGGGCUGUAGUC